CCAUUCAGGAAUUGACACGAACAGUAUUUGUAGACGUUUCAUAAGCGAUGAAUUUUUUUGUGUUCUUUUUCCUUGUUUUUCCAACUUGGACGAGCGCCAUGAACGACGUGGAGCAUUUAAAUGUACACGAACAAAUUAAGACUCUCCAGAGCAUGGUGAACGAGUUGAAAAAUCUUGUUCAUGUUCAAAGCCAACGUAACGAUCACCUUGAACGGCUACUCUCAGAUAAUCGGAACGAAGUUAAGGAACUAAAGAGUCAAUUUCUAAACGAACUUAGGAAUUUGAAAAGCAACUUUUCUAAAUUGGAUGUAGUUGACUCGAACCAAAAUCGAUUUUUAGCAAAGCUGAAAAGGGAUGGUUUGAAUACUAACAGGUUCAUACAUUCUCUCACCAAUCGUCAAUUAAGAUUGGAAAAGAUGCAUGCAUUGGUCACAGAAGAUCAAAAGGAAUUGCGAAAUCUGUCGGACGGAAACUAUAGUGUUGAAUUAAUAGAAAAGAAGUCAGAAAACAGCUUACGACACGUUGACAAAAUUAAAAAGCGGCUUCUUUCACCCCAAACAACCUCUGGAGAUGCCAUCGCAUUUUACGCCUUCAUGUCAUCAAUUCUAUGGUCUCCAUGGAGAGGACGCAUUUUGGUUUACGAUGUUGUCAAAACUAACAUUGGAAACGGGUAUCGUUCUCAUACAGGGGUAUUCUUGGUACCUAAAUCGGGCGUGUACGUUUUCACGUGGACUUUUCGAACAGGAAGCAGUCAUGACCAUAGCAUUCAGUUGAUGAAAAACAAAAAGGACAUAGGUUCAGUUUAUUUCCAUACUGGUGUCGACGGAGUCGAGGCAGGAGGGACGGGUAUUGUGGUGACCCAUGCCAACGCCGGGGACGACGUUUUCACUCGAACAAACCCCACACUCAAUAUCGGGACGGGUCACUACAUCCAGAGUGAUGCACAUGGAAGAUCUUCUUUUGCAGGAUGGAAGAUUUUUUGAUUAGUAUGUUAAGUGCCAAAUGGGUUUUAAAAAGACAGGGAAAAAACACUAUAUACAGAUUUUUGGCUGUCAAAAUGUAA